UAUCCUUUAUAAAAAUUAUGUUCCAAUCUCCACAGUUUAUUACCUUCUCUAGCCAAUCAUACACCUCAUUCUUCUCUCACCAGCCUAUCUAUAUCAUAUGUAGCACUGUAUCUACUGUCUGUUUUACUUAGAAUAAUUGCCCUGUUCCUCCUUUCCUUCAACUCUCUCUCUCUCUCUCUCUCUCUCUCUCUCUCUCUCUUACAAACUCACUGACAUAUGAUUAUGGAGCCACAUUCCUCAAAAACACUAGUUGUCACUAUUUUGGUGUCACUCUCACUGAGCUUAGCACCAUGCUUGGCUUUGGCCUCAACUUCCUGCAAAUUUCCAGCCAUAUUCAACUUUGGUGACUCAAACUCCGACACUGGUGGCUUGUCUGCGGUUUUCGGCCAGGCUCGCUCGCCCCAUGGAGAGUCCUACUUCCACCGCCCAGCCGGUCGUUACUGCGAUGGCCGCCUUGUCAUUGAUUUUAUAGCUAAUAGCCUCGGAUUGCCAUUUCUUAGCGCAUAUCUUGAUUCUGUGGGGAGCAACUUCAGCCAUGGAGCCAACUUUGCCACGGCUGGCUCAACCAUCAGACCCCAGAACACAACUCUUCGCCAGAGUGGUUUUAGCCCCAUCUCACUGGACGUUCAAUACAACGAGUUCUAUGAUUUUCAUCCAAGAUCCCAAGUUGCUCGAAAUCGAGGUGGGGUUUUUAAACAACUGAUGCCUAAAGCACAAGAUUUCUCUCGUGCAUUGUACACCUUUGAUAUUGGCCAGAACGAUUUAACGGCCGGUUUGUUCUUGAACAUGUCCACUACCCAAGUAAAAGCUUAUGUUCCUGAUGUCCUGAAUCAGUUCAAAAACAUUGUCAAGUACAUAUAUGGUCAAGGAGGUAGAUAUUUCUGGAUACACAAUACAGGUCCCAUUGGUUGUCUUCCAUACGUUUUGGAUCGCCUACCUGUAUUAGCCGCACUGGUAGACAACGCCGGAUGUGCCAUACCUUACAAUAAAGUUGCUCAAUUUUUCAACCGUGGAUUAAAACAGGCUGUGGUCCAAUUAAGAAAAGAUCUGCCAUUGGCUGCAAUCACAUAUGUUGAUGUUUACUCAGCCAAGUACUCCCUCAUUAGCCAACCCAAAAAGCAUGGAUUUAAGGAACCAGUAAGAGCAUGUUGUGGUCAUGGUGGGAAGUACAAUUAUAACUUGCACAUUGGAUGUGGAGGAAAGGCUAAGGUUCAUGGCAAAGUAAUAUUGGUGGGAAAGGCAUGCCAAGACCCAUCUCUCUGGGUGAAUUGGGAUGGUGUGCAUUACACUCAAGCAGCUAACAAAAGGGUGUUUGAUCAGAUUGUAGAUGGUUCAUUUUCAGACCCACCAAUUCCAUUGAAAAGGGCUUGCCAUAGGCAGCCAGCUCAUUAGAUCACAUGUGACCCUUUUCCGUACUCAAAUAAAAUAUGUUGAGGCCAUUGGAAUCUUUUGUUUUUAAUUCUUCUUUUUGCUUGGAUUCAGGGUCAGUCAAUGUAAUCCUUUAACUUAAGCAAGAAACAGAUAAAGAAAGACCCUUAAGUGGUGACCUAAUGGCCCUCCUAGUCUCUAUUUUCAUCUUCUUUGUUAAGACUAUAAAAA